AUUAUUUCUUUUUGACAUUGUUCGCUAUUUCUUCAUUUCUCUGUUAUCAUUUUAAUAUUUUGAGGUUUAUAAAGUUAUGAAUACAGAAAAAGAAUAUUCAACAUGGCUUUGAAAAAGGUUAAGGGUAACUUUGAAAGAAUGUUUGAUAAAAAUCUCACCGAUUUAGUUCGUGGGAUCAGAAAUAACAAAGAUAAUGAGGCAAAAUAUAUAGCGCAAUGUAUGGAAGAAAUAAAAGUAGAGUUGCGACAAGACAAUAUCGGAGUGAAAGCUAACGCUGUCGCAAAACUAACAUAUCUUCAAAUGUUAGGAUAUGAUAUAUCAUGGGCGAUAUUUAAUAUAAUAGAAGUGAUGAGUUCUAACAAAUUUACUUUUAAACGAAUUGGAUACUUAGCUGCUAGUCAAUCAUUUCAUGCAGAUUCUGAAUUGCUUAUGCUUACCACAAAUAUGAUAAGAAAAGAUCUGAAUGCUCAAAAUCAAUAUGAAGCUGGGCUAGCACUCAGUGGUCUCAGUUGUUUCAUAUCCCAUGAUUUAGCAAGAGACUUAGCCAAUGACAUCAUGACACUGAUGAGCUCAACCAAGCCAUACCUCAGAAUGAAAGCUGUGCUAAUGAUGUACAAGGUAUUUUUAAGAUAUCCUGAAGCCUUAAGACCAGCUUUUCCUAAAUUAAAAGAAAAAUUAGAAGAUCCAGAUCCUGGAGUCCAAUCAGCAGCUGUUAAUGUUGUCUGUGAAUUAGCAAGAAAGAACCCCAAAAACUACCUGUCCUUAGCUCCGGUAUUCUUCAAAUUGAUGACAACAUCAACUAACAAUUGGAUGUUGAUUAAAAUCAUCAAACUGUUUGGUGCCUUAACCCCAUUAGAGCCCCGACUUGGCAAGAAACUGAUAGAACCAUUAACUAAUUUAAUUCAUAGCACGACAGCCAUGUCGCUGCUGUACGAGUGCAUCAACACGGUGAUCGCGGUGCUCAUCAGCAUCAGCAGCGGUAUGCCGGGACACGCCGCCUCUGUGCAACUGUGUGUACAAAAACUAAGAAUACUCAUCGAAGACAGCGACCAAAACUUAAAGUAUCUGGGACUGCUGGCGAUGUCCCGAAUACUCAAAUCUCAUCCUAAAUCCGUACAAGCUCACAAAGACCUCGUGCUGGCGUGUCUGGACGAUAAAGACGAAUCUAUUAGACUCAGAGCGUUGGGUCUUCUAUACGGAAUGGUUUCCAAAAAAAAUUUGAUGGAGAUAGUGAAGAAGCUGAUGGUGCACAUGGAGCGCGCCGAGGGCACGCUGUACCGCGACGAGCUGCUCACGCGCAUGAUCGAGAUCUGCUCCCAGAACAACUACCAGCACGUCGUGGACUUCGAGUGGUACAUCACCGUGCUGGCCGAGCUCACGGAGAUGGAGACCAGCGCUAAGCACGGCUGCAUGAUCGCGGCGCAGCUGACGGAGGUGGGCGCGCGCGUGGCGCAGACGCGCGGCUUCGCGGCGCGGGAGUGCGCGGCGCUGUGUGCGCGCGCCGCCGCCUCGCCGCCGCGCGCCGCCUCGCGGGAGGUGCUCUACGCCGCCGCCUACGUGCUCAGCGAGUACUGCACCGAGGAGGACGUGAUGCGCGAGUCGAUCUCCGCGCUGACGCUGUGCGCGAGCGCGGACGCGGGCGGGCCGCACAUGCGCGCGCGCGCCGUGUGCGUGCACGCCGCGCUCAAGCUGGCCGCCAAGCUGCUGCGCGCCUUCGAGCUGCGCGGCGACCGCCGCUCCGUGAUCGCGGUCCUGCACGAAAUCCUAGCGGGCGUGCGUCCGCUGCUGUGCAGCGAGGACAUGGAGGUGCAGGAGCGCGCGCACAACACGACGGCGCUGAUGUCGCUGGUGCUGCGCCGCCUGCAGCCCGCCGACCCCGCGCUGGCCGACGCGCCGUCCGAGCCGCCCAGCGACACGCUCGUGGACCACGAACAGAGCAAUGGAUUGGAAAAAGAUGAAAAUGGGGAAAUUAAUGAAGAAGAAUCUAGUAAAAGUUUAAGUGGUGGACUUAUUGAAGAAAUUGUUAGCCUAUUCGAAGGAGAACUUAAACCAGUAGCACCUAAGGCCCAGAAGAAAGUACCAAUACCAGCUGACUUAGAUCUAAACCAGUGGUUAUCACGAGACCGCUGGUCGUCCGACAGCUCCAGCUCGGAGGGCGAGGACGAGGGGACUGCGCUGUUCACGGCGCCGCAAGUUGACGCCAAGCCCGUCACGCAGUUCACUCCUGAGGAGCUGCAAAUGUUGCGUGAGGCGCGCAGACAGGAGCAGGCCAACAAUCCACACUACCUGAAAGACGACUCGCCGCGAUCGUACCAACAGGAUGAUAUACCUAUUGCUGAGAUUGCGCUAGAAGUGCCUCUCCAAGUGCAAUCCAAGAGAUCUGAUAAGUACUUAAUUACAAGAGAAAAUUCGAAGAAAGCUAAAAAGGAAAAGCGGCCGUCGAAGAAACGAAAGAAUAAGAUAGAAAGACAUUCCUCAGAAUCUGAUAGUGACGACGGCGCGGACCGCGUGGGGCGGCCGGCGGUAGCGGAGGGCGGCGAGCUGCCCGACGGCGCGGCGCCCUCCGACGACGAGCAGUCGCUGCACGACGACCCGCACCGCGCGCUCGACCUCGACCUCGACCUGCCUUUGCGUGAAGAAGAAUUGCUGUCAUCUAGGAUACAGCAGUAUCCUUUACCAGAGAGCGGCUUAUUGAUUAAGAAAAAAGAAUCCAAAAAGAAUAAAUCUUCAGAAAAGCGAUCAUCAGAAAAAUCUUCCCAUAAGAAGAAAGUAAAAAAUUCUAAGCGUAAUAAGGAAGUAGACUUAAUGUUACCUGAAAUUGCGAAUAAUAAUGAUCUAGGAGACAAUUUACUCAUAGAAACUGGAGAAGACAAUGCUCCUAAAAAUGAUCUAACAAUCGACGAUGCCUCUGAUAAAAAACAACGGGAGAAACUUAAGACUGAAAAACACAAGAAGUCAAAGAAAGAUGUAAAAGACAAAGAUUCUAAGAAAAAGAAAACUUCUAAAAAAGAUAAACAUGAAACUAAAAUUGGAUAUGAAGAAGCUUUAGGUAUUUCCACGCCUAGCAAAGAAGUUAUUUAGUGUACAGCAUAAGCAAGUUUAAACAUUUUCCAAGAUCCUUGUCACACGCUCUCAGUGCAAUUGUUUAUUUGAACAAUUAGUUAUAUUAGUUAGAUUCAUAUUAUAUAAAUAUAUUAUAGGCAAUGUUUUCAUUGAUCUUAAAAUGAAACAUGUCCAUUUAAAUAAACGUAUAUUUCUAUUGAUGUAGUAAUAAAUAUAUAUAAUCAUGUACAGUUUUAUUGAAAGUUAUAUAAAUAAGACUUAUGAAAUAAAAGCCAUUCAUCUACACUUGAAUACCUA